AUGCAUCUAAAAGGAAAUGGGCUUCUUGAUGCCAUUGACAAGUCGAAAGAGACAUCCGAUGAGAAAAAGGCGAAAGCCAUGAUCUUUCUACUUCAUCACAUCCACGAUGGUUUAAAAGAUGAAUACAUCACUAAAGAAGAUCCUGCGGAUCUUUGGCAAUCUUUGAAAGAAAGAUUUGACCAUCAAAAAUAUAUAGAUUUGCCCAAAGCCAAAUACCAGUGGCUAUAUCUCCGGUUUCAGGACUAUAAAAGUGUUGUUGAAUAUAAUUCUGCCUUGUUCAGAAUAAUUUCCAAGAUGGUGCUAUGUGGAGAAAAUGUGAGCGAUUAUGAUAUGAUUGAAAAAACGCUCUCCACAUUUCACCCUGGAAAUAUAGUCCUGCAACAACAAUAUCGGGCAAAUGGCUAUACUCGUUAUUCAAAAUUGAUGGAUGUUCUCCUUGUUGCAGAACAGAAUAACGAGCUUGUGAUGAUGAACCAUCAGACUCGUCCCACUGGAGCUGCUCCAUUCCCAGAAGCGAAUGUAGCAUCGUCCAGCCAAAAUAAUGGACGAGGACGUGGACGUGGAUAUGGUCGAAACCGAGGUCGUGGCCGUGGCCGUGGACGUGGUCGGGGACAAGGAAAAGAGUACCGUCCCGACGAGUCCAACAAUGAAAGGAAUAUAAAAGAUCUCGAGCAAAUGAUUACGGCCGAGAUUCUAAAAAGCAAAAAGAAAGUGUUUGCUACAGAUGCGGCAUGA